AUGCCUAAUAAAUAUCAAAGAAAAAUCACUAAUGUGAGAGCCGAGUGGAGUGAACAGUCUUUAAAAUUGGCCAUACACGCUGUGAAAAAUGAAGGAAUAUCAGUUUACGCGGCUUCUAACAUGUACCAAAUUCCACGGAAAACCUUAGAGAGACGUGUUAAGAAUGGCAAUGAUAAAAAAGGGCCUUUAGGACCGGCUUCUAUCUUUGGGGAAGUAAAUGAGAGCAAACUGGCUUCUCAUAUUAUAAACUUACAGGAAAAAGGAUUUCCUUUAACUAUUAAUGAUGUAAGAACAAUAGCCUUCAAGUUUGCGGAACAGUUAAAUUUAAAUCACCGAUUUAAUAAAGAAACUGAACAGGCAGGUUAUGAUUGGUUGAAUUUAUUUUUAAAUAGAAAUAAAGGAAUUACUUUAAGAAAAUCCAAAGGAGUUUCCUUAGCGAGAGCCAAAGCGAUGAACCGUUUGGAAGUGAAUGAAUAUUUUAAUCUUCUUGAGAAAGUUUUACUAGACAAAAAUGGAAUACUGACGCCAAAUCGAAUUUUCAAUAUGGAUGAAACAGGCCUACAGUUAAACAAUCGUCCUGGAUAUGUGCUUGCAAAAAAGGGUUCAAAAGCGGUGUCUACUGUAACAUCAAAUGAAAAAGGAGAGACAAUAACUGUAAUAGUUUGCUGCAAUGCUGAAGGAACGUUUUUACCACCCGCAUGCAUUAUGAAAGGUAAAAAUAAAAAAGCAGAAUUUGAAGACGGAAUGCAUUCUGGAUCAAUCCUAUUCAUGUCUCAAAAAUCAGCAUAUAUAACAUCAGAUAUAUUUCUAGAAUGGCUAAAAAUUCAUUUUGUUCCACGAAAACCAGCUGGAAAAGUAGUUCUUUUGCUAGAUGGUCACUCAACUCAUUGCAAUUCUGUGGAAAUGUUGGAGUACGCAAAUCAAAAUGAUAUAAUUUUAAUAUCAAUGCCUAGUCACACAUCUCAUUUUCUUCAACCGUUAGAUCGUUCGGUAUUUAAAUCCUUGAAGACUCAUUUUUAUGAACAAUGUCGACUUUGGCUGCAUCAACAUCCUAAUCGUCAAAUUAAGAGAUCGUUCUUCGGAGAACUACUUAACAAGGCUUGGAUAAAAGCUGCUACACCAGGAAAUGCAAUUUCUAGCUUUAAAGCAACAGGAGUGUUUCCUUUCAAUCCAGCAGUAAUUCCAGACCAUGCUUUCUUUGAAGGAUUUGCAGAUUCUGAAAGUCAAAAUAUUACUGAAGUCACCACUGCUGUUCAGAUUCCAGUUGACGUAAAUCAGUCAAUCUCUUAG